AUGAACGAUCAAGUAUCGGACUCUGCACAGCCAGUAGAAACCCUCGCAACGAAAUUCUCGCAAGCUUCCUUACAGCUAUCUACUGAUCCGCCUCAGUCAGCUUGCACGCGUGCACCGGCGAUUAAGACUACUGAACACCAGCUAGAGCUCCACGCUGAGCCGCCCAUUGCUGUGGCCUCAAGCUCAGCUUCUCCGCCAGCGGCCACCGCUUCCAAAGCUAAGGUGGAUGAUGGACGAGGUGGGAAGCGGAAGCCCACCAGGGAGGAGGUACGCGUACGGUUCGGGCUCAAGCAGAAGAACCAAGUCAACAAGUGGAAGAAGGACGAAGAGAAAUUGCUUCAAGCAAAUAAACAGAUACACCGCAUACGGCGCAGCAACCCUUGGCGGAAAGAUGGCGAGAAACAACUUCCAGCGGCAGCGGCUGAGGCAACCGCUGGCCGCGGCCGUGGCAAGGGUGUAGCACCUCCCAACGCUCCGGUCAUGGGUGACGAUUCGCUCUCAGCUCAAGACCUAGCAGCACCGGUUGUCCCUCCAGCUCCGGUUGUCCCUAAAGCUCCGGUUGUCCCUAAAGCUCCGGUUGCCUGUCGAGCCCCGGUUGCCCCUCCAGCAGCAGGAACUCGGCGAAGUGCUAGGCCGGGAGGGAAAGCUCAACCUCAACCUAGCCCUCCCAGCCCUGUCAUUCCUCCCCCGCAAAUUACCGACACUAAAGGUGGCAUUGCGGAUGAGGAUGAGGAUGAGGAUGAGGAUAGUGAGAUCGAGGAUGAUGAUGAGGAUGCAAUCGGCAGCAGUGACGAUGAUGAAGGUGAUGGUAUUGAAUACGAUUUUAUUUGGCACUUACAAUAG